CCUUUUCAACAAAAAUAAAUAUUCGAAAGAACGUCAAAACUAACGGUACUCACUGCCGCUCGCACUGAAAACCGGAGGUCAUUUCUGAUUACCCAAGACUAAGCGACACCGUUCUGUUCCUCUCCAGUCUUCUUCCAGAUCCUCCGCGUCAACACCGUCCCCGCCGUUGACAGAUUUUGAUAUCAAUAUAUCUUCAAGAUGCCGGCCACUGCUGGACGAGUUCGCAUGCCAGCUAAUAAUAGGGUCCAUAGCAGUGCAGCCCUGCAAACUCAUGGUAUAUGGCAGAGUGCAAUUGGGUAUGAUCCAUAUGCACCCAACAAAGAUGACUCUAAGAACUCACAGCCUGAAUCAUCAAAUAACGAACCUGAUGCUGAGAAUCCAUACAAUAGCUACCAAGGCCUUUUAGCUCUUGCCCGCAUAACUAAUGCCAAUGCUGAUGAGGCCCGUGGUGCUUGCAAGAAGUGUGGUCGUGUUGGGCACUUAACUUUUCAGUGUAGAAAUUUCUUGAGUGUUAAGGAUGAGAAUAAGGAAAAAAAUCCGGAAGUUCAGGCUGCAGUUUUGUCUGAGUUGGAUAAACUGAAGGGGAAAGUGGGGAAGUUGAAUGGGAAGGGAAAGGUUGAAAAUGAGGUGGAAAGUGAGGAAGAAGAGGAAGAGGAAAGCGACAGCUCAGAUUCAGAUGCAGAUUCUGAGAUUGAGAGGAUUAUUGCAGAGAGAAAUGGGAAGAAAGUUAGUAACAGAGGCAGAUCAUCCAGGAAGAAAAAAACCGAUGUUUCAGAUGAAGAUGGAACUGACUCCGGUUCUGAUUCAGGAAAGAGGAAGAGAGGGAGGUCCAAGAAGAGGAGGAGUGGGAAGAGGGAAAAUAGUGACUCAGAGGAGGAGGACAAUGGUAGAAGGAAAAGGAGGAGGGAAAAGAGGAAGAAGAGAGUUUGGUCAUUGGACGAAGAGGACAAGCAUCGAUACCGUAGGAGGAAAAGUAGGAAGGAAAAGAGGAGAAGUCAUAUACAUUCAGAUGAUUCUAUUUCAGAUGUGUCAGAAGAUUCUAGUGGACGAUAUGAAAGGAAGGGCAGAAAGUCCAGAUUGCCAUCUGAUUCUGAUGAAAGUGUUUCAGAUUAUUCCCGUGGAAAGCGCACAAAGAGGUCUAAGAAGAAGAGCAGGAAACACCAUCGUGAAAAGGAUGAAUAGAGGCAUUCUUAGAAAGACAGGUAGAAAAGUGGAUUGCAAUGAUUUUCCCCAAGACUCUUACAUAUAAGUGAUGGAACUAUCAUAUUAGGCAAACUUAAAAAAAAUAAAUAAAUAAAGUUCCUGUGGAUUUGUGUGCUUCAAUUUAGGCUUUAUUCCUUGAAAAGAGGAAAAUAUAAGUAGUACACAGAGAAAUGUGGCGGUGGUGUCUUGCUUUGUGUCUUUCUUAUGGGUUGAUGUUCCAAGUUUAGCUCCUGUAACGUUCUUUCCUUGUCUCUUUGUAUUUUCUGCUAGAUCCGGCAUUAGUAUAUAUCUUGAAUUCGGGUCUGAUAUCCAGACAUUUUGCCAUA